AUGCUGCGCACCUACAAACCCAGGACACCCGGUGUUCGACAUUUGCGGCGACCCAUAAACGACCAUCUCUGGAAGGGCCGGCCGUUUCUCCCUCUGACCAUUCCGAAGAAGGGCCAAGGAAAGGGUGGACGCAAUGUCUACGGUAGAAUCACCGUCAGACACCGAGGAGGUGGUGCCAAGAGGAGGAUACGAACGGUGGACUUUAUCAGAUGGCGCCCCGGGCCGCACCUGGUCGAGCGGAUCGAAUAUGACCCCGGACGCAGUGCUCAUAUUGCUCUGGUCACGGAGCAGGCCACCGGGCAAAAAUCAUACAUCAUUGCCGCCGAUGGGCUGAGGGCGGGUGACAUUGUUCACAGCUACCGCGCCGGAAUCCCACAGGAUCUGCUGGAUAGCAUGGGCGGUGUCAUCGACCCGGGUAUCCUUGCGGCCAAGACGGCGUUCCGAGGAAACUGCCUGCCGAUGCACAUGAUCCCCGUCGGAACGCAGGUGUUUUGCGUUGGCUCAGCAGCCAAGAGAGGUGCCGUCUUCUGCCGAAGUGCGGGCACUUCCGCCACAGUGGUGAACAAGAACGAGGAGACAAAGGACGACGGCACCAAGAUCAUGACGGGCAAGUACGUCGAAAUUCGGCUCCAGAGCGGCGAGGUCCGCCGGGUGAGCAAGGAUGCAUGUGCCACCAUUGGAGUUGCCAGCAAUAUCCACCACCAUUACCGACAGCUUGGUAAGGCUGGUCGAAGCCGAUGGCUGAACAUUCGGCCUACCGUCCGUGGUGUGGCCAUGAACAAGGUUGAUCACCCUCACGGUGGUGGUCGAGGAAAGUCAAAGGGUAACCGCCAUCCCGUGACUCCCUGGGGCCGACCGACCAAGAGCGGUUACAAGACUCGCCGUGUGCACAAUGUCAACAAGUGGGUUGUGACGCCCCGGCCACGCAACCACGGCAAGCGGAGAGACAAGAGGUCGUCCAAGGAGUGA